AUGUCCAACGCCGGUGACCCGCCCGUUGUCGUGAACGAGGUCGUCAACAAGACAGAAACUGCCGCCGUCGCCGCUGCCCCGAACGAAAUCGUCGUCGCCUCGCGGCCGGGUGAUCUUGCCGUCGUGCCCGCCGGCGCGCGCGUUCUCAACGAGGUCGUUACGACCCAGGUGUUCCCCAACCACGGGCCUGGUCCGAUGGGGUUCCAGCUCUGCUCGAACUGUCGCCGUUACUGGCACACCUCCCUUACCGACCCAUUCUGCCACCGCUGCCGCUUCGGCAUCGGCUAUGACCGGGGCUACGACCGCGGCUGCGGCGGCGGCGGCCAUGGCCGUUGCGGCUACGACCGAUGCUCCCACUGUGAGCGCUUCCGGAUCGCCGAUGGCGGCGUUGGGUGCCGCGGGGGCGGCAUCGGUAUCUGCCGGGACCGGUGCGGGAGGCCGGCGCUGUGCAGGCCGGUGCCGAGGAGGCUCGCCUACGAGAAGAAGACGGUGAAGCGAUAUUACUAUUAA